CCAAUCGACCAAGAGGAGAUGAAGGUGCUACCUGCCUCUGGCCUUGCUGUCCUUGUCACAGCUUUAAAGUUUGCCACUGCAGCCCCCACCCUACUCGCAGCCACCCCUAGGACCUUCAGGAGCAACUACCACCUCGCACAGGCCUAUCUCGACAAGUAUUAUACAAAGAAAGGAGGCCCCCAGGCUGGCGAGAUGGUGGCAAGAGAAAGCAACCCCACGGUCAGGAAGAUUAAGGAGCUACAAACAUUCUUUGGCCUCAGAGUCACUGGGAAGUUGGACCAGAAUACGAUGAAUGUGAUCAAGAGGCCUCGCUGUGGAGUUCCUGAUGUGGCUAACUACCGCCUCUUCCCAGGUGAACCCAAAUGGAAAAAAAAUAUUUUGACAUACAGAGUCUCUAAGUACACACCUUCCAUGAGUCCUACCGAGGUAGACAAGGCUGUACAUAUGGCCCUGCACGCAUGGAGUACGGCUGUCCCUCUGACCUUCGUGAGAAUACACUCUGGGGAAGCAGAUAUCAUGAUAUCUUUUGAAACAGGAGAUCAUGGGGAUUCCUACCCAUUUGAUGGGCCUCGGGGGACGCUGGCCCAUGCGUUCGCACCUGGAGAAGGCCUGGGAGGAGACACACAUUUCGACAAUGCUGAGAAGUGGACUAUGGGAACGAAUGGGUUCAACUUAUUCACCGUUGCUGCUCACGAAUUUGGCCAUGCUCUGGGCCUGGGCCAUUCCACAGACCCAUCAGCGCUGAUGUACCCAACUUACAAGUACCAGAACCCCUAUAGGUUCCAUCUCCCCAAGGAUGAUGUGAAAGGGAUCCAAGCGUUAUAUGGACCCCGGAAAACAUUCCCAGGAAAGCCCACCAUGCCCCAUAUCCCACCUCACAAGCCAUCCAUCCCCGACCUCUGUGACUCCAGCUCAUCCUUUGAUGCGGUGACAAUGCUGGGAAAGGAGCUUCUGUUCUUCAAAGAUAGGAUUUUCUGGAGAAGGCGGGUGCACUUGCCAGCAGGGAUUCGGCCCAGCACCAUCACCAGCUCCUUCCCCCAGCUCAUGUCCAAUGUGGAUGCAGCUUAUGAAGUGGCUGAACGAGGCAUUGCCUUCUUCUUCAAAGGUCCCCACUACUGGGUCACUCGAGGAUUCCAGAUGCAAGGUCCUCCUCGCACAAUUUAUGACUUCGGGUUCCCAAGGCACGUGCAGCGAAUAGAUGCCGCCGUCUACCUCAAGGAGCCUCAGAAGACACUUUUCUUUGUGGGAGAGGAAUACUACAGCUAUGAUGAAAGAAAAAAGAAAAUGGAAAAGGACUACCCAAAAAACACUGAGGAAGAAUUUUCAGGAGUGAGUGGUCAUAUAGAUGCUGCGGUGGAACUGAAUGGUUACAUUUACUUCUUUUCAGGACCAAAAACAUUCAAGUAUGAUACAGAAAAGGAAGAUGUGGUUAGUGUGGUAAAAUCCAGCUCCUGGGUUGGUUGCUGAAUCGUCAGGUCUAGUCUCUCCACAGGGAUGAAGAUCGUUGGGAGCAACUGAGGACUGGACAUUAUGGACUAAGUGGUUUGUCAGAGACGUUCUUCUCCAGCCUUUAGUCCUGAGGGUGAUUGAAGGGUCCUUGAAAAUAAUAACAACUCUAUUGUUUUUUCUAAUAUUCAUUCACAAUUUUAAUCUAAAUGAGAAGCCACCUUUAUUCAGAAUCACAUAAUAUAUCCUUUAGUUAAAUAUUCAUUUUUUUCUUACCUACUAUAGUAAAGCAAAUAACUCUGGUUUCUGUUUGUAGAAAAAAAUACUAUGUGCACUUAUAUGCACACACACACACACACACACACACACACACACAUAUACAAAUAUUUCAUUAAGCAAGGUUAUUACCAUACAAAUUAUAAUUACCCCUUAAAAACAAUGGCUGACCAUCAUUUACUGUGAUGGAUAUAAAUGUACUUCUUUGUGUCUGGAAGGUAUCAUGAACAAAAUGCACCAAGUGUGUCCUUGGCCCUGGCUGUCCUCUGUGUCUCCCACUGGCCUCUGAAGUGGGUUGGUAGACAAACACUCCAAUUAAUCUUCAUGCUCCCCAACAGUUGGGCACUCUGCAACAGAGAACCUUUCUAACAAAACCCAAUAAAAACGUCGUGUUAGAGGAGUUCCUCAUUUCUCUUUUCUGUUAAUAUUUACCAACUUUUAUCAUGCUUUAUUUGGCAACAAAUUCUGUGUUACCUGUGUAAAUGUAAAUGAUCGUAUCAUAAGUAUACAGAGCCAGAAAAAAUAAUGUAGUCUGAUCUAUUUCCUACUUCCUGGUAGCACCCUCAGUGGAGAUGUCUUUGAUCCACCUCAGUUUCUUCUAAAUAGUUUUCUACUUAAGGAAGGUUUUUUUUGUUCUUUUAGUUUGUUUGUUCAUUUGUUUUAAUUUAAAUUAAACCUUUCCUUCCCAACUCUACCCAGUUAACAACACAGAAAGAAUAAUUGCUCUCAGUCUUGUGGUUUUAAAAAAACUUUAGUACUAGAAUUCUAGAACCAGUCUAGAGAAACUCUACAUUUUAGGAGUUCUAAAAUUGAAAAAUAUUUUUACUUCAUAGGUUACCUAGAAGAGCUACAGUUUAUAACACCUAUAACCUGUUAUUGUUAGCAUCGUUUAUUAAAUUUGCUUCCUAUGCUCAUGAAAAGACUGAAUGACACUCUGUUACUGCAAGUGUUCCAUUUGGCUUCUCUUACUAAAAGUCACUGUGCAUACCCAACCAGAUGUUGACUAUUGAAGACAAUAUCUAGUACCUUUUCUAAGUUCAAGGUGCCCUACUGAGAAGCAAAGCCUUUUCACUUUUACUGCAGGCUGGAACCCACUUACUAUCAAUAAGCAGAAAACAAAGGCAAACAAACAGAGACUAGAGAGAUGGUUCAGAGACUAAGAAUGCAUGCUGCUCUUCCAAGAACCUGAAUUCAGUCUCCAGCACCCAUAUGGACAACUUACAACCAUCUGUUAAUUCCAGUUCCAGGCAAUCUGAUCCUCUCUGGUGGCCUCCUUGGGCACCUGCACAUGUGUGUGCAUAUUGACACACAUGCAUAUAAAUAAAAAUAGUUUCAAAAGCAAGAAAGAGCAAAGUAGUGUGGCAGCCCUCAAAAUGUUAAGCAGAAACCCAGUAAUUGCACUACUGUGUGUAUAUACCUGUGAGAAAUUAAAGCACAAGAACUUGCACACCAAUGUUCAUGGCAGCAUUAUUUGCAGUAGCCAAAAGUGGACAGAUGUCCAUCAUGUGAUACAUGUGUGAAUAAAUGUAGUAGAUUCAGACAAUGAAAUGUGCAUUAAAC